CUUUGGCUGAGUCCUAUAACUUUAGGUGCUCUGACUGUGGGGGUUUAUUUGGAGGAUCUUUGGACAGCUGGGCAACAAGGAAAAUGUUGGCGAUUUUACGACGCGCUGUGAUUUAGAACGAGGGAGGAGAAGGCUGUUAAACACAGCCCUCAUUACAUGUGUGUAUCAUUUCAAUCCCAGAUUAACUCCUCUGGAGUGGAAUUAAAGGGUCUGUGCUUUUGGCUUUUAUGUUUAUGUUUCCACGAUGGAUAGAAAGAAGGAUUUCCUGAAGUUCCGAGCCACCUCAGUGAAGCCUGGCUGCUUGGUGAGGCCCAUAGCUCCUACGAAGCAACCUGGACGGUACCUUGUCCAUCAAAAAUCUUUGCCUCGGCUGCCAGUUCCUCCUCUCCAACAGACUCUCGAACGCUACCUGCUGGCCUUGGAGCCCAUCGUCAGCCAAGAGGAGUUAGAAAAUACCAAACAAAUAGUGAAGGAAUUUGGCCAAAAGGGUGGAGUAGGAGAGAGGCUUCAAGCGAGCUUGGAAAGAAGAGCAAGGAAGACUGAGAACUGGCUCUGUGACUGGUGGUUGAGAACAGCCUACCUGGAAUACAGGCUUCCCGUGGUCAUUCAUUCCAGUCCCGCUGUGCUGUUGCCAAAGCAGGAUUACUAUGACCGUCAAGGGCAGCUCAGGUUUGCUGCCAAGUUGAUCUCUGGUGUUCUGGAUUUUAAAACUAUGAUUGACAAUGAGACCCUUCCUGUGGAGACUCUGAGUGGAAACCCACUCUGCAUGAACCAGUAUUACCAGAUCCUCUCGUCCUGUCGUAUCCCCGGCCCCAAAAGUGAUUCUGUCGUCAACUACAGUCAGACUAAAAAACCAGCACACAUAACAGUCGUGCACAACUUCCAGUUCUUUGAGCUGUUUGUAUAUAACAGUGAUGGCAGCCCCCUGACUGUGGACCAGAUUUACAUGCAGUUGGAGAAGAUCUGGCACUCAUCACUCCAGACAAACAAGGAGCCAAUCGGGAUCCUUACAACUGGCCAUCGAAACAGCUGGGCCAAUGCUUAUAAUAAUCUUAUCAAAGAUAAGGUGAACAAGGAGUCUGUUAAAUGCAUCCAGAAAAGCAUCUUCACCAUCUGUCUGGAUGCUCCAGUGCCAAAGGUGUCAGAUGAACUCUAUAUGAGCCAUGUAGCAGCACAGAUGCUGCAUGGUGGCGGCAGUCGGUGGAACAGUGGAAACAGGUGGUUUGACAAAACCCUGCAGUUCAUUAUCGGAGAGGAUGGAUCUUGUGGGUUGAUUUAUGAGCAUUCUCCAUCAGAAGGACCGCCCAUUGUGGCUUUGCUGGACCAUGUCUUUGAAUAUUGCAACAGCUCAGUGAUGGUUCGCUCUCCGAUGAUUCCACUGGCCAUGCCCCGGAAGCUCCGUUUCAACAUCACUCCUGACGUAAAGAGAGACAUCGAAAAAGCAAAGCAGAACCUCAACAUGAUGGUGCGUGAUGUGGAUAUAAAAUGUUUCAUGUUCCAGCACUUUGGAAAAGAUUUUGUGAAGUCCCAGAAGAUGAGCCCGGAUGCCUUUAUCCAGCUCGCUCUGCAGCUAGCUUAUUACAGGAUUUAUGGGGAGCCGUGUGCAACCUAUGAAAGUGCCUCCCUGCGGAUGUUUCACCUUGGACGAACCGACACAAUCCGCUCAGCAACAGUCGAAUCCUCAGUCUUUGUCCGGGCCAUGGAUAAUCCUGAGUUCCAGAAUCAGCAAAAGGUGGCGUUGGUGAGAAAAGCUGUUCAGGCGCACAGAACCUACACUGAUACGGCAAUAAGAGGCCAAGCCAUCGAUAGACACUUACUGGGUCUUAAACUUCAGGCUAUAGAGGAUCUAGUUCGAAUCCCUGAGAUCUUCAUGGACACAUCCUAUGCUGUUGCUUUUCAUUUCAAUUUAUCAACCAGUCAGGUCCCUGCUAAAACUGACUGCCUCAUGUGCUUUGGUCCUACCGUGCCAGAUGGUUAUGGAGUGUGUUACAACCCCAUGGACGCCCACAUCAACUUUGCAGUGUCUGCUUUCAACAGCUGUGCAGAGACCAAUGCAGCUAAACUGGCUCACUAUCUAGAGCAGGCCUUAGUCGAUAUGAGGGGGCUGCUCAUGCAGACACCCAGCUCAAAGCUCUGAAGCAUCCAGGUAAUGGAGCAGGAUGGAUCAACCAAAAAAUUCCAGAACAAGAUCGGCACUCAAUCCCAGCACUACAAUAUGUGGGUGAGAUUGUUUGCCAAAUGUUAGUGUGAACAUAUUAUCCAGAAGAGGUUAUAUAUGAAAAAAAAUGCCUUUUAAAGACAAUUGUCAAAGCUUAUACUUUUUAGAAAAGGAGGAGUGUUUGUUUAGAUAGUGAAUGAUGCCCUGCUAUUCCAAUGAAGGGGGCUUGCUUCCUCUCCCCAAAAAGCAUAUCAGUGGUCUACAAUUGAUGAGUACCAGUACCUCCCUUACAAUAGGAGCACAUCAAGCCAGUGCAGUCUUGUGCUGAUAACGGUUGUGUGCACCAGGAUAGUAAUCAUCAGAGGUUGAUUUUCCUCUUGCAGGCUCACAUGCUGCCCCCCCCCCCCCACCCCAGACGUUUGAGUGGUUAUCACACUGUUACCCAUCCUGACGUUUAAUAAGAUUACUCAGCAUAGUCCAGGGACUGAUCUGAGGGACACAGGACUUGGGCAGGGGUAGGCCAUUCAGCCCUUCAAGCCUGCUCCACCAUUCAAUAAGAUCAUGGCUGAUCUUGUUGUGGUCUCGACUUUACUUUGUCUACCCACCCCCAUAACCCUUGACUCCCUUUUUUUUAAAUCAAAAAUCUGUCUAACUCAGCCUUGAGUAAAUUCAAUGACUCCAGCCUCCACUGCUCUCUGGGGAAGAGGAGAACUCCACAGACAAAUGACCCUGAGAAAAAGUUUUUCCUCAUCUCAGUCUUAAACUUUCAACCUGUUAUUAACUUGUGUCCCCUGGUUCUAGUCUCUCCCACAAACAUCCUCCCAGUAUCCACCCUGUCAAAUACCCUCGGGAUCUUCUAUUUUUCAAUAAGAUCACCUUUCAUUCUUCUAAACUCCAUAGGCCCAACCUGCUUAACCUUUCCUCUUAAGAUAAGCUCCUCAUCCCAGAAAUGAGUAAGUGAACCUUCUCUGAACUGAGAAACAGCUUACAGACUAGAAGCAAUCUAUACACAUCAGCUUGUCUAAGUUAGUUAAUGUAAUUGAAGAGCUGGAGCACAAACAGCUGCACAAAAACAUUUCUCAUUUUAAUGUGAACAGGAGAGGGAAUUAUUCACAUGAACCCACUGCUAUAAUAACUCUUUAGAACGAGUGUUCAGGGAGGGCUUGUGCCACAUAUUGAUGCUACAAAAAUAACACCAGAAUUAUCAGUGGCUUCAAGUUACCCAGGGGGUUCAAAUAAUUGUAUAUUUUUAACUAUAAUCUAAAAAUUUUGGUCUGAACAUUAAUGAAACAAUCCAGUGGCAAAUGUUUACAAUCAAAAAUUUUGAAAGAAAUUGAAUACUCAAGAUUCAGUUGGCCUGGGUGGCUCUCUAUUAAGAUAAUUUUUUUUGCACUAUGUACUUUCCCCCAGCCUCCACCCAACAUCUUAUUGACAGAGAAACUGCUGCUUUCAGCUGGCCGGUUAAAAAGCAAAAAUAGAUCCCGAGUAUUGUCUAGCUGUUAUCCUCAAAAUAGGCAUGGUGUGAACACUUGCGUUGUGCUUACAGAGAGCUGUGAGCCAAGUACAAUAUGUUACUGAUACAAGUAUGCAGUUAUACAGAAAGCAUAGGGGUCCUUUAAAAAUGAGUGGAAGGCGUGAAAUGAAUGUGGUGUCAGAAACUUGGCUGCCCAAAAGGGUGGUGAAGGCAAUUUGAAAAUAUAUACUUGAAAAUGAAAAAUUUGCAGGGCUAUGGGGAAAGAGGAGGGUCAGAGGGACUAAUUGGAUAACUCUUUCAAAGAGUCAGCACAGGCCACAAACAUAGACCAGAAACUGGGAAUUUUGCAGCGAGUGACUCACCUAACUUCCAAAACCUUUCCACCAUCUACAAAUGUGAUGAAAUACUCACAUUGCUUGAAUACAGCUCCAACAACACUCAAAGCUGGGCACUAUCCAGGACAAAACAGCUUGCUUGAUUUGGAACCCAUCCACUACUUUGAACAUUCACUCUUUCCAUUAUUGUCAUACAAUGAUUGCAGUGCAUACAAGAUGCACAGCAGCAAUUUGCCAAGGCUCCUUCAACAGCACUUUCCAAACCCCCAAACUCGACCACCUGGAAGAACAAGUCACGUACCAUCCUGAAUUGAAACAGUAUCACCGUUCCCUCACUGUGGCUGGAUCAAAAUCCUGGAAUUCCCUUCCUAACAGCACCUACCUUCAUACUGCAGUGGUUCAAGGUAGUAGCUUAAUAGCACCUUCUGCAGAUCAUUUAGGGAUGGGCACUAAAUUGUGGCCUCAUCAGUGAAAGCCACAUCCUGAAAAUGAGUAAAAAGAGACACAAUGGGUUGAAUGACCAUCCCCCACCCCGUGCUGUGCAAUUCUGUCUUGCUCCUAGUGAGAAAAGCUCACAUUAUCACCUCUCAACAAAUUUAAAUUUUUUCAAAAUCCAGAAUAUCUACUGUUUUGCUCUUAUUAAAAAUAAGUCAAAUUAAGAAGGGAAGACAGUGUUUCCAGAAAGGGGUAAUAGCACUGUAGAUCAAGUCAUGAAGGAAGCUCAUUGAAGCAAACAGUAUAAAUAGAUUCAAGAGAUAAUUGAAUGUUCUAAAUUAUUAACAUGAAUUGGAGCUGAACUGGCAGGGGUGGGAUAGAAAAUUGCCACACUGAUAUAUGAGAUGGCAUUCGUGAGGUUGAACAAUGUAGAGGGAGCUUUACUCUGCAUCUAACCCCAUGCUGUACUUGCUCUGGGAGUAUUCCAUUGUCACACUGACUUCUCACCUUGGACGUCCAAUCCCUCUACACCUCCAUCCCCUACCGGGAUGGUCUGAGGGCUCUCCGCUUCUUCCUCGAACAGAGGCCCGAACAAUCCCCAUCCACCACUACUCUCCUCCGUCUGGCUGAACUGG